AUGGCUGCGCCCAUUGGAGAAAUGUGUCGAAAAUGUUCCUUACAAAUCGUACAAAAAUACGCUUUUAAAUCUUCUAUGUCCUCAAACGUGUUGGUCAGAAGACUUCAUAAGAUACCUUACAGAAAUUUUAAUGUACCUAGGCACCUUCGAAAGGUUGUUUCUGUUGAGAAGUCGCAAAUAAGGACAUUCGCAGACGACGCCGACUCAAAAAGUCGUCUGCUAGUUCUGGGGAUCGAAACCAGUUGUGACGAGACGGGAGCUGCCGUGGUGGACGACAGAGGCAGUGUUCUUGGCGAGGCGCUACAUUCCCAGAAACUUGUGCACCUCAAACAUGGUGGCAUUGUCCCGACUGUGGCCCAGCAGCUACACAGAGAUCACAUAGAGGAGGUAGUACAGGGUGCACUGGAUAUGGCUAGCCUCAGAUUACAGGAUGUGACGGCCAUUGCUGCUACAGUAAAGCCAGGCCUGGCCCUUUGUCUGCAGAUAGGUGUGGAGUAUGCCAAGAAACUGGUCAAACAGUCUGGGAAGCCGUUCAUCCCAGUUCACCACAUGGAGGCCCAUGCCCUCACUGCCAGAAUGAUGGAAAAUAUAGAGUUUCCCUUUCUGGUGUUCCUGUUGUCGGGUGGACACUGUUUACUGGCUGUUGCUAGGGGCAUCGGUGACUUUCUGUUGCUAGGCAGCACCACAGAUGAAGCUCCAGGUGUCGUCUUUGACCAGGUUGCCAGAAAGCUGAAGUUGAAGCACCACCCUGACUGCAGUACCCUGAGCGGUGGACAGGCUAUAGAGGUCCUCGCUGCACAAGGAGACAGCCAGGCUUUCAGGUUCACAGUCCCCAUGGCACGCUACGCUAACUGUGACUUCUCCUUCUCCGGACACAAAAAUCAGACCUACAGACUCAUUGAUAAAAUGGAAAAGGAAGAAGGUACAUAUUCAAACCAGAUUCUGAGCUGUGUGAACAACAUCGCUGCGAGUUUCCAGAGAACGGCCACACAACACCUCAUGCAGAGACUCCACAGGGCAGUCCUUUACUGUCAACAGAGACACAUCAUUCCACAGCACAGCAAGGCUUUGGUUUUGAGUGGAGGAGUGGCCAGUAACAUGUACAUCAGACAGUCCUUACAGGCAGUUGCAGACCGGUUUGGGUACCGGUUGGUCUGUCCACCACCCAGACUGUGUACAGACAAUGGUGUCAUGAUAGCAUGGACUGGGAUGGAGUGGUUAAAAGAAGGCCGGGGAAUCGCUGAAGACCCAGAAGCAGUUGAGUUUCAGCCAAGGUGUCCUCUCGGAGUUGACAUGUCUACAGAUGUUCUUAAUGCAGGAAUCAAGACAAGCCCAAAAAUCAAAAUACCAACAUGACCUCUCAGUACCGGUAUGCAUCGUUCCUGUACCGAUAGAAAAUUUGUUUGUUUGUUUGUUUGUUUGUUCACUCUUGAAGAUUUAUCCUGUUUCUUGAUUAACUUUGUAUUACACAAGAGUGCAA